AUGGCUAUGAAGAAGCAAGCAUCUCUACUUUCAUUUUUCACCAGAAGUCCGAAUCCAAAAAAUGCGAUGCAAGAUGUACCCGUCGGAAAUCAAGCGACCGACCUGAAGCGAAUCACCCCAUCCAAAGUUUGGAGAAUGCAAAAGAAUGUUAAUAGGGAGAAUGACAUCCGAAUGGAAGAAGACCCGCAUACGAAGCGACCACCAAAUGAAGAACUUUCACCAGUAAAAAAGUUACACUCGAAGCGUCGCCGUGUGGUAGUUUCAUCUGAUUCAGAAGAUGAUGAUGUUGAAAUGAUCGACGUGAAAAAAAGUGAGGAAAACAUGUUGCGAAGUCCAAGAUAUAAGUCAGUAAGGAGCGGCUUGUUGUCCCAAUUGAAGUCAUUCCAUCAUGGAAAUAUUUCUUCGGAGACUUCGUCGGUAAACGAAUCCAGACCUUCAAAGCCUAUUAUGAGUGAGGCGGCCAUAUCGUUUAUCAAUUCGUUUCGAGCUGAAGAACAAGGUUCAUCUACGACGAUGUCAAAACUAGAUUAUUCAAUUGGUAGGGAUGUAACGAAUGAAAGCGCAUCUAUUACAUGUUUGGCUACUGUGCCCGAUAUUGAAUCUGUGCGAUUUCCUCAUUUAGACUUUGAUUUUCUUCAACCAGAUCGCAUUCGUGAUGCAGAUAAACGUUUGCGUAGUCAUCCAGAUUACUGUUCGCGCACUUUGUAUGUGCCAGAAGCAUUCAUGAAAAGGCAAACACCUGGACACCGGCAGUGGUGGGCGGCUAAAUCGGCUUAUUUUGAUACAGUUUUGUUUUUUAAAGUUGGAAAGUUUUACGAAAUGUAUCAUAUGGACGCUGUCAUUGGCGUCGAAAAUUUAAAUCUCAGUUACAUGAGGGGUAAUUUUGCGCAUUGUGGAUUUCCAGAAGUAGCUUACGGUCGUUUUGCUGAUCAGCUGGUUAAUCGAGGAUAUAAAGUUGCUCGUGUAGAACAAACUGAAACGCCAACGCAGUUAGAAAGUCGAAAUAAGAUCGAGAAAGCUAAUGACAAAGUUGUAAGGAGGGAAGUGUGCAAUAUUGCUACAUCAGGCACUCGAACAUACGGAGUACUUGAUGGAAAUGAUGAACAAAGCACUGUGGAUGUGAUGGAUACAACAGCACGUCACUUAUACGCUAUAGCUGAAAGGGGUACAGAAAGUGUAGAAUAUGGUGUCUGUUUCAUCGAUACAACCAUCGGUCUGUUCCAUAUUGGCUGCAUCUCGGAUGGCAAUAAUUGUUCUGCUCUAAGGACAUUAUUUUCUCAUUAUCAACCAGCCCAGAUUUUAUAUGAACGCGGACGAGUUUCGUCAUCGACAAUGACUGUGUUUAAUAGUACUGUGAGUGCAGUGCCAAAAGAGGCAUUAGUUCCGAAGAAAGAAUUUUUGGCAUCUGAAAACACUUUGAAGUUGCUGGCAAGCGAUAAAUAUUUCGGCGAAUUAUAUGAUAAGUGGCCAACAGUCAUACUUGAUAUGAUGGAUAGAGACAGCUUGGUCCUAAAGUGUAAUCCUGCGUAUGAUGCAUGUGUUUCAGCUUUAGGAGCUGUUAUUUGGUAUUUAGGAAGAUGCUUAAUUGAUGUUGAUAUGAUUUCAAUGCGAAGAUUUGAGUUAUACAAACCUAUGAACCUUACAAGACCUCUUUCCCAAAAUAAGGAUCAAGAAGAAGGUAGUGAACAAUACUGGAGUGGACGCCGUCUCAUUUUGGAUAGCCUUGCUUUGAAACACCUGAAUAUUAUACCACCUAUUGGUUCUAUAAAGAAAUUUUCACCGUGUGACCCAGUUACCGCAAAAUAUACGCUUUAUAAUGUUAUUAAUAAAUGUGUCACUCCGGCAGGUAAACGUCUCCUUCGGCAGUGGAUUUGUGCUCCUGUUUGCGAUCGGGAGAUUCUAUGUUCGCGGCAGGAUGCAAUAGAAUGGCUUUCUGAAGCGAGAUUGAGGACAUUUAUUGAUAAAGCUAUAGAACUGUUGCGUAAAGUACCUGAUUUGGAACGCUUAAUUCAAAAAAUACACACAUUAGGAUUGAAAUACCGGGCAGAAGAGCACCCUGAUAGCCGAGCGCAAAUGUUCGAAAGUAUGCGUUACAAUAAACGAAAAAUUCGGGAUUUAGUUCGGGCUUUGGAAGGUUUUGAGCGUAUCCAGGAUCUCCGUCUAGAAUUUAUGGAAAAUUUUGGGGACAAUCAGAAAGCAGCAGUUCCCUCAUUGUUGCAACGAUGCUUUGGACAUCGAUUUCCCGACAUCUCAAAUGAUCUGGAACAUUUUAAAAAUGCAUUCAAUCGUGACAAAGCGCAAGAAGAAGGUAUUAUUGUACCAGAAAAAGGUGUAAUUAAGGAAUACGACGAUACGAUUUGUGAUGUAAAGGGAUGCAUCCAUGAAUUGGAUUUGUAUUUGAAUGUCAUCAGGAAGCAACUAUGUUGUUCAAGCAUCAAUUUCUUUGGAAGCGGACGAUCUCGUUAUCAGCUUGAAAUACCAGAAGUGAUCGCUAUGAAUUUGGGACAUGAAUUCGAGCUUAAAUCCUCUCGAAAGGGCUACAAGCGGAUGGUAACAAAUGAACUGAUGAACUUAGUUAGAAAUUUGGACGAAGCUGAAAAUCAACUCGAUAUCUUACGGCGUGAUAUUAUGCGGCGCGUAUUCGCUGAUUUUGGUGACAGGUCUACGAAAUGGACAGUGGUUGUUGAACGUAUGGCUACAUUUGAUGUGCUUCUUUCUUUAACACGUUAUGGUCAUGAUUGUGGUCUAAAUAUGUGUCGUCCGCAAUUUAUUUACGAUAGUAACCUGCCUGUGUUAGAAAUCAGAUCCGGAUACCAUCCGUCGCUUGCUGCUAUAGCUGCUUCAGGCAGUAGUUUCACAUAUAUACCAAACAGUGUUUCACUGGGAGGAAAUGAACCGUCAGCAGUUCUGCUGACAGGUCCGAAUAUGGGUGGGAAAUCGACAUUAAUGCGUCAAGUUGGUGUUCUGGUUGUGCUUGCUCAAAUGGGCAGCUUUGUUCCUGCGGAUGAAAUGAAAUUGUCACCAGUUGAUCGAAUCUUUACAAGGAUGGGUGCGGGUGAUCGAAUUAUUGCUGGUCAAUCUACUUUCUAUGUUGAAUUAUAUGAAACGAAUUUGAUUUUGAGAAAUGCGACCAGACAUUCUCUUGUGAUAAUGGAUGAACUAGGUCGAGGGACAAGCACUCAUGAUGGGACCGCCAUAGCAUAUGCAGUACUGCUAGACGUAGCAACCCGGUUGAACUGUCGUACCUUUUUUUCCACUCAUUAUCACAGUUUGUGUAAAGCAUUUGAAAGUCUUAGCAACGUCAAAACAGCACAUAUGGCUUGCGUUGUUGAAAAUGGAAAUGCCGAAGAUCCAACCAUGGAAAAUGUUACCUUUCUAUAUACGCUAACUGAUGGAGUAUGUCCAAAAUCUUAUGGAUUCUUUGCUGCAAAAAUUUCUGGACUCAGAAAAGAGGUUAUUCGAGCUGCGUUUGCUGCUUCACGGCGUCUUGAUGAAGGAAAAAUGCGAAAGAAACGUAUAGCAGAAUUACGACAACUUGCAUUGAAUGAGGAAUGUAGUACAGCGCAUCUUAGGGAAAUAAUUAAUUCAAUGUUGAUUUCAUCAUGA